GCUCUUUAUGCUGGACUGACUAUUUCAUUUAAAGGCUUUGAAUAUUUACAACAUUAACAAAAGCUUAUUUUCUCUCACUCCCUGAGGGCUUCAUCGCAAUCUUUACAGGGCAUGGUCAGAAAAACAUUUCUACACUGCGGAAUGCAUCUUCCUCUGGAAAAUGGCCACUAGACUGUAUCAGGUAUCCGGCGAGCUCCAAGUCGGCAAUGGUAGUUGUAACGCGUCACUGCCGUGCCUGGAGUUGCCCACCUUUACCACCGCUGCUAAAGUCCGGGUGAUUGUCACCUUCAUCCUGUGUGGUGUGUCGACCUUCUGCAACCUUGCUGUGCUUCGUGCGGCCUAUGUAGACGGCAAACGCAAAUCCCACGUCCGGGUUCUGAUUGUCAACCUAACGCUGGCCGACCUCCUUGUGACAUUUGUGGUGAUGCCGGUAGACGCUGCGUGGAACAUAACGGUGCAGUGGCUGGCAGGUGACUUUGCCUGCAGGCUCCUGAUGUUCCUCAAGCUUCUGGCAAUGUACUCAGGCGCCUUUGUCACCGUGGUGAUCAGCCUGGACCGCCAGUCAGCCAUUCUCAACCCACUGGCCAUCAACGAAGCCCGGAAGAGGAACAGGUGCAUGCUGGCGGCGGCGUGGACCAUGAGUGUUCUGCUGUCUGUUCCUCAGAUGUUCCUGUUUCACAACGUGACCAUCAAGGAUCCUAAGGACUUCACGCAGUGCACCACACGAGGAAGUUUCGGUAGCCACUGGCAAGAGACGGCGUACAACAUGUUCACCUUCUUUUGCCUGUUCCUGCUGCCAUUGACUAUCAUGAUCACGUGCUACACCAGGAUCUUCAUCGAAAUUUCCAAACGCCUGAGCAAGGAUAACGUUUCCUCCACUGAGGUACAUUUGCGCUGCUCCAAGAACAACAUCCCCAGAGCUCGCAUGAGGACUCUAAAAAUGAGUGUCGUAAUCGUCUUGUCCUUCAUCAUCUGCUGGACUCCCUACUACCUGCUGGGCGUGUGGUACUGGUUCUUCCCAGACGACCUGGAAGGAAAGGUGUCCCACUCGCUCACUCACCUGCUGUUCAUCUUCGGCCUGGUCAACGCCUGCUUGGACCCUCUCAUCUACGGCCUCUUUACAAUUCGCUUCCGCAAGGGUCUCCUCCGCAGGUUCCACUGCAGCACCCGAGCCACCACGGACACUGAAAUGAACACGGUUAUAACCGGAUCUUUCGCCGGCGCUGGGAGUGAUGUGUUGAUGAAACAGGAGGCAAGCCCAGGUAGCAUGGAGACGUCCCAAAUGCGUGAUGAUAAUGACAGCGGGAGGCCAGGAACACACAACAAUGCACAGAGAACUGGACACAAAGAUCUGGAGAGCAUAAUAUGAGGAGAAAACAAAUAAAAGCAUUGUGUGUUCUUGUUUCCACUCUGAAAAUCCACAUAUACACUAUAUGGACAAUUUCAUCAUCUCCAUAAAGACAUGUGUAACUGCUUUUAGUAAGAACAUUAAGCACAUGUUGUUGUUCUGAACGAAUGGGGAAAAAAAUGACAUUUUGACUUGAGAUGUCCUGAUACUUUUGCUUUGUAUUGUAUCUAUGUAUAACGUGCCCCUUACGCUGGAUCAUUCUAUAUUCGGAAAGCUCAACAUGAAGCUGUUUAAAUUAAAAUCACACAAUGCAUAUUGUAAAAUAUAUAUAUAUA